GCCGCCAUCGCUGCAACGGUCCAGGCUUUCUGGAAUCACAUUUCUUGAGAACUAUCUGUUGGAGAGCUAAACUAGGCUCUUGUUCAUAUUAUGGAUCAGCAAGCUAAGAUUGAUGCUGAUUUUCUUGAACCAACUGUACUCUUAGAUGAGACACAUUACCAGGAGGGGUACAUAAAUGGCUAUAAUGAUGGUUUGGCAUCUGGAAAGGAAGAGGGGAGGCAGGUUGGUUUAAAGAUGGGUUUCCAGGUCGGUGAAGAACUGGGUUUCUUUCAGGGCUGUCUGGAUGUGUGGACGUCUGCAAUUCUCAUUGAUCAGAAUGCCUUCACAGCUCGGGUCAGGAAGAAUAUCGAGCAACUGGCUGCACUGGUGGGCAGCUAUCCGCUGUCCGAUCCGGAGAAUGAACAAAUUCAAGACGUGAUGGAGAAGAUAAGGCUGAAAUUCAGGGUCAACACUGCAAGCUUAGGGGCGAAGUUAGAGUAUGAAGGGCACCCCAAAUCAUCUAAACAAGAUGCUGAGGAUCUGUGAGCGGUGAUUGAAAUUACAUUUUAGUUUCUCCGCCCUUGCUGUUUAAAGCUCUUCAACUCAUUGGCAUCAUGAGGAACUGCCAUGAGACAUCAAUGGUCUGAGUCCGACCAUAACCACAUAUAUAGUUUUAACAAUGUCUCAAGUUUUGUGUUA